AAAAACGCAGAAGAGAGUGGAGCGGUUGCUUGGACGAGGGGGCAAUCUCUUUUGCUGCUUUCCAUUCCGAUUCAUAUUUUAUAGGGUUUUCUUCACAUUUUCUGCUAAUCCAAUCACAUCAUUAUUCUCGGACUCAUCGAGGAACCAAUCUAGGGUUUUGUAUAGUCUCUUUCAAUAGCGUUCCAGUGCUUUGCAUUCUAGGGUUUAGUUCAAUAUGGCGCCGGAUCCAAACAGCACCAGUUCUGGACCACGAGAAGAGGCCUCUGCGAAGGUCCCGUCGAAGGACCCCAAGAAGAAGGAUGAGAAGAAAGACGAGGAUCUAUCAGAUGAGGAUUUGGCACUGAAACAGCAGUUGGAGUUGUAUGUUGAGAGGGUUCAGGACUCUGAUACUGGAUUGCAGAAAAUGGCUCUAGAGAGUAUGAGGCAAGAAAUUAGAACUGCAACAAGCUCUAUGACUUCAGUUCCAAAGCCAUUAAAGUUUCUUCGCCCUCAUUAUGGUGCUCUAAAAUCAUUUUAUGAAACAAUGGGGGAUUCAGAUCUAAAGAAAUACCUGGCAGAUAUACUUUCAGUGUUGGCCUUGACCAUGUCAGCGGAAGGAGAACUGGAAAGUCUAAAGUACAGAUUGUUAGGAUCAGAAGGUGAUAUUGGUUCCUGGGGCCAUGAGUAUGUCAGGAACUUAGCUGGAGAAAUUUCACAGGAGUAUGCAAAGAGGCAGAGUGAAGAGGCUCCAAUUGAUGAUCUAAUGGAGCUUGUACAACAAAUUGUUGCUUUUCACAUGAAGCACAAUGCUGAACCAGAAGCUGUUGAUCUUCUGAUGGAGGUUGAAGACCUCGAUCUAUUGGUGGAGCAUGUGGACAAAACAAAUCACAAAAGGACAUGCCUAUACCUCACCAGUUCAGCUAGAUAUCUUCCUGGACCAGAUGAUAUUUUAGUUUUGGAUAUUGCAUACGUGAUCUAUCUCAAAUUUGAAGAAUAUCCAAAUGCACUUCAGAUUGCAGUGUUCCUUGAUAAUAUGCAGUAUGUAAAGCAGAUUUUUACAUCUUGUGAUGAUCUUCUGCAGAAGAAACAAUUUUGUUACAUCCUUGCUCGACAUGGUGUUGCUUUUGAGCUUGAUGAUGAGAUGGUUGUAGAUAAUGAUGAAAGGGAGGCAUUGCAGGACAUCAUUAAUAACAGUAAACUAAGUGAAGGUUAUCUUACUCUUGCUCGUGAUAUAGAGGUGAUGGAGCCCAAAUCUCCUGAAGAUAUCUAUAAGGCACAUUUGCUUGAUGGCCGGGCUAGUGCUGGUGCAAGUGUUGACUCUGCCAGACAGAACCUCGCAGCUACUUUUGUCAAUGCAUUUGUAAAUGCUGGUUUUGGACAGGACAAGCUAAUGACAGUGGCUUCAGAAGCUUCCAGUGGUGGUUCUUCAGGAAAUUGGCUUUUUAAGAAUAAAGAACAUGGGAAAGCCAGUGCUGCAGCAAGUCUGGGCAUGAUCCUGUUAUGGGAUGUUGACUCUGGACUUGCUCAAAUUGACAAGUAUUUUCACAGCAAUGACAACCAUGUCAUUUCUGGUGCACUAUUAGGGGUUGGGAUUGUCAAUUGUGGCAUUAAGAAUGAUUGCGAUCCAGCAUUGGCACUCUUAGCUGAUUACAUAGGCAAAGAGGAUCCAUCAAUCCGAAUUGGUGCAAUUCUGGGUCUAGGUCUUGCUUAUGCCGGUUGUCAAAAUGAUCAGAUACGUUGCAAAUUGACUCCUAUACUUAACGAUGCAAAGGCACCCCUUGAUGUAAUUGCAUUCACUGCAAUCUCAUUGGGCUUUGUAUAUGUGGGUUCCUGCAAUGAGGAGAUUGCUCAGGCAAUUAUAUUUGCCUUGAUGGACCGAAGUGAUUCAGAAUUGGGGGAGCCUCUCACAAGACUUUUGCCUCUUGGUCUUGGUCUUCUUUACCUUGGGAAGCAGGAAAGUGUGGAGGCCACUGCUGAAGUGUCAAAGACAUUUAAUGAAAAAAUAAGAAAAUAUUGCGAUAUGACGUUGCUUUCUUGUGCAUAUGCUGGAACUGGGAAUGUGCUCAAGGUCCAACACCUUCUUGGUCAGUGUGCCCAACAUCUUGAAAAGGGUGAAACCCACCAAGGCCCAGCUGUACUUGGAAUUGCAAUGGUGGCAAUGGCUGAAGAACUGGGCCUUGAGAUGGCAAUUCGUUCCUUAGAGCAUCUUCUUCAGUAUGGAGAGCAGAAUAUCCGCCGAGCAGUCCCAUUGGCCCUUGGUCUCCUCUGCAUAUCAAACCCUAAGGUCAAUGUUAUGGACACAUUAAGCAGACUUAGCCAUGACACAGAUACAGAAGUAGCAAUGGCUGCUGUCAUCUCCUUGGGUUUGAUAGGUGCGGGUACCAACAAUGCUCGAAUUGCUGGCAUGCUCCGUAAUCUUUCAAGCUAUUACUACAAAGAAGCUAGCCUUCUGUUCUGUGUGCGGAUUGCUCAAGGUCUUGUCCAUUUGGGAAAAGGAUUAUUGACUCUUGCUCCUUAUCAUUCCGAUCGGUUCUUAUUGUCACCAUCUGCCCUUGCUGGAAUAGUAACUUUGCUGCAUGCAUGCCUUGACAUGAAGGCCAUCAUCUUGGGGAAAUACCAUUAUGUUCUUUAUGUCCUUGUUUUGGCCAUGCAGCCAAGAAUGUUGAUGACUGUGGAUGAGGAUCUAAAACCUCUGUCUGUACCUGUACGGGUGGGUCAGGCUGUGGAUGUUGUUGGACAGGCUGGUCGGCCAAAGACCAUAACUGGUUUCCAGACACACUCAACGCCAGUUCUCCUGGCUGCUGGAGAUAGAGCAGAACUUGCUACAGAGAAAUAUAUUCCCGUUUCUCCUAUUCUUGAAGGCUUUGUCAUCCUGAAAGAGAAUCCAGAUUACAGGGAGGAUCACUAGUUUCGAUGGCCGGGACAUUAGUAGAGUUACAGACUUGGCUCAAAAUCCAUCUCCACGCUGGAGCCUGUUCAAAACUUAGAUGCAAGUUCAUCUUGGUUGGGGUAUUAGGAAAGGACAAAUUUCAAUACGAGUUUGAGUUGGAGCCAGUCCCUGCCUUUUUUCAUUUCUGUCUUCCAAAAAGAGCCAAUCGGUGGGGUUUGGUUCUGAAAGCACAUCUGGGGGUAUUCAACCCCCACAACAUUUUCUAUUCCAUGCUGGUUCUAGUUAAUGUAAUUUAGUGCUCCCGAUGGCAUUUUUUUCUCACUUGGGUUUUUACUAUUGAUUUUACUUUGUAAUUUUUUUUAUAAAAUAACUCAAAUUCCAAGCAAUGACAUCAUGUUAUGAUGUAGCCAUGCAUGCUAAGAAUAUUUGCUUC